AUGCUAAUCUACGUCACCGUCAUCAUCUUCAUUGUGUGUGAGGAGGCGGAGCUUCGCUACCGUCAGCUGACACAAGAGUAUCAAGCACUGCAGCGUGCGUAUGCUUUACUGACUGAGACCAGUGGAGGAAACUACGACGCUGAGAAGGAGAUCAAGACCAGAGAACAGCUGCUUGAGGAAGUCCGUCAGUAUCAGAACAGAGUUGCAGAUCUGCAGUCAGCUCUCCAACAGCAAGGACUGGAGGUGAAGUGGGUGGAGGAGAAGCAGUUGUUGUACCAGAGGAACCAGCAGUUGGUGGACAAGAUCAAGCAGAUGGAGGCAGAAGAAGUCCAUCUGAAAAACAACAUUCAAGAUGUCCGAGACCAAAACGAACUACUGGAGUUCCGAAUCUUAGAGCUGGAGGAGAGGGAGUGGCGCUCACCUGCCAUCAACUUCCAGCAAGUCCACUUCCCAGAAUGCCUCAGUCCUUUGCAGAUCUACUGUGAGGCCGAGGGAGUUACUGACAUUGUGAUCAGUGAUCUCAUGAAGAAGUUGGACAUUCUAGGAGAUAACGCCAACUUGUCCAAUGAGGAGCAGGUGGUCGUGAUUCACGCCAGGACUGUUCUUACUCUGGCAGAGAAGUGGUUGGAGUCCAUAGAAGUAACAAAGUCUGCACUGCGACAGAAGAUAUUGGACAUUGAAAGUGAGAAGGAUUUGUUCAGCAAGCAGAAGGGCUACCUGGACGAAGAGCUGGACUUCAGGAAGCGCGCCAUGGAUGAAGGUCACAAGAGGAUCCUGGAGCUGGAGGCCAUGCUGUGCCAGGUGCUCGGACAGCAGGAGCACCUGGGGAUGGACAAGGUGACCAAUGCUUGUGUGACGGAGGAGCAGAGGGAGGCUCUCCACAGGGCCAUGGACCAAUGGAAACGUGCGCUGAUGUGCGAGCUGAGGGAGCGAGAUGCUCAGAUCCUCAAAGACCGAAUGGAUCUUCUGCAAGUCACGCAACAGAGGAACAAAGACUUGGAGCAAGUCCUGGAAGCUCAGAAACGACACAUGCAAGAGUUGGAGGAAAAGUUUCUCUUUCUCUUUUUAUUCUUCUCUCUGGCCUUCAUCCUCUGGUCCUAACGUCCGCUGGUACCUUCUUGUCUUCAAGCCUGGCUCGUCCCGCAGCUGAACUUUCGGCCAAUCAGAAGCCAGCUGACCUCCCAGCUCCCAGAAUGCCGAGAGCAGGAGAUGAUGUGAGGGGACUGCUGUCAUGUCACAAGUGCUUGGAAAGGUGCAAAUAAAGUGACUCAACGUGCUUGUCAGGCACUUUUUAGACACGGAAAGGGCGUUGUGAACGUCUGCCAUCUUGGAAAGGGCGUUGUGAACGUCUGCCAUCUUGGAAAGGGCGUUGUGAACGUCUGCCAUCUUGGAAAAGGCGUUGUGAACGUCUGCCAUCUUGGAAAGGGCGUUGUGAACAUCUGCCAUCUUGGAAAAGGCGUUGUGAACGUCUGCCAUCUUGGAAAGGGCGUUGUGAACGUCUGCCAUCUUGGAAAGGGCGUUGUGAACGUCUGCCAUCUUGGAAAGGGCGUUGUGAACGUCUGCCAUCUUGGAAAGGGCGUUGUGAACGUCUGCCAUCUUGGAAAGGGCGUUGUGAACGUCUGCCAUCUUGGAAAGGGCGUUGUGAACGUCUGCCAUCUUGGAAAGGGCGUUGUGAACGUCUGCCAUCUUGGAAAGGUGCUGAGGUGUUGGAACCUUUUGAGUGUGGUUCCAAAGUUUCAUUUGCACUUUGCUGCUGCUGGGAAGAUUAUUCCCGGGUUGUCUGUUCGUGUAGCAGAGAUCUUCAACCAUUUCCUCAAAAACCAAGAACUUGCUGUAAUAUUUGGACCCUCUGAUUGCCCCUCAGCAGGGUGACACUCUCUUGGCCUAUGUACUUGGCCAGCCAUGUCCUACGUUGGUGGAAACGCUUUUUUUGACCAUCCCCCAACCAAAACUAAAUAGUAUUAUGGAGGUGACUUACACUUGUGGUCAAAAGUGUACAUAGACUUGUAAAGGACAUGAUGUCAUGGCUGUCUUCAGUUUCCAAUCAUUUCUACAACCAGGGCUGGGCAAUAUAUCGAUAUAAACGAUAUAUCCCAGGUUUGUCUCUGUGCGAUAUAGACAAUGACUAUAUCGUAAUAUCCGAUUAUAUGUUCUCACGCAGUUGCUUUUAGCUGCGGGCAUUACACUACAGGCGUUUCCCACUCCUUCUCGUCUCUCCUCCUCACAGAGACGGACAACAAGCCCGUCUUCUUACAUACGUCACAUACUGUCGUGCGUCCAGCGUCAUACACUCUCGCCGAGCAGAGAGGUAGCAGCAUGGCGAACGUUAGCUGAGGGCAUUAAAAUACAGGCGUUUCUCUCUCCUCCUCCUCACAGAGACGGACAAUCAAUCAAUCAAUCAAUGUUUAUUUAUAUAGCCCCAAAUCACAAAUGUCUCAAAGGACUGCACAAAUCAUUACGACUACAACAUCCUCGGAAGAACCCACAAAAGGGCAAGGAAAACUCACACCCAGUGGGCAGGGAGAAUUCACAUCCAGUGGGACGCCAGUGACAAUGCUGACUAUGAGAAACCUUGGAGAGGACCUCAGAUGUGGGCAACCCCCCCCCUCUAGGGGACCGAAAGCAAUGGAUGUCGAGCGGGUCUAACAUGAUACUGUGAAAGUUCAAUCCAUAGUGGCUCCAAGAUAGCAGCGAGAGUCCCGUCCACAGGAAACCAUCUCAAGCGGAUCAGCAGCGUAGAGAUGUCCCCAACCGAUACAGGCGAGCGGUCCAUCCUGGGUCCCGACAAGCGGUCCAUCCUGGGUCUCGACUCUGGACAGCCAGUACUUCAUCCAUGGUCAUCGGACCGGACCCCCUCCACAAGGGAGGGGGGGACAUAGGAGAAAGAAAAGAAGCGGCAGAUCAACUGGUCUAAAAAGGAGGUGUAUUUAAAGGCUAGAGUAUACAGAUGAGUUUUAAGAUGAGACUUAAAUGCUUCUACUGAGGUAGCAUCUCGAACUGUUACCGGGAGGGCAUUCCAGAGUACUGGAGCCCGAACGGAAAACGCUCUAUAGCCCGCAGACUUUUUUUGAGCUCUAGGAAUCACUAAUAAGCCGGAGUCUUUUGAACGCAGAUUUCUUGCCGGGACAUACGGUACAAUACAAUCGGCAAGAUAGGCUGGAGCUAGACCGUGUAGUAUUUUAUAC